GCUGUAGUCCAAAUCUGGGGCUCUUCAGAACCUCUUAAGAUUCUAGCGAAAAUUAAAGAUUCCUCUCCAGAAAACUCUCUGACCCUUGGUUUCUGGUGGUUUGGAAUCCCGUUCUUGAGCCGAGGGAGGGGCUGAGGGUCUUUACGCAGGCUCCAGGGCCCUCUAGGGGCCUCUGUCUCUCCGGGUGGGGCUGAGGAGGCGGGGCUGCGGGCCUCCUUAUCUCCACAGCCAGCUUUGGCUCCCUGGCGCGGGGCCCCUCAGUCUGGGCCCUUUCCCAUGGGGUCUCUGCUCCCCCUCUCGCUGCUGGUUUUGCUGGCGGCUGCCUACCGGGGAGGCGGGAGCGCGCGUUGGCGCCGGGCUGCGCGGGCUCAAGGCCCCGGAGGCAACUCUCCGGAGCCCUCGGAGACCUCGGCGUCCUUCUGGGUGCGCGUGAGCCCGGCGUUCAAGGCCGUGCCGCCGGGGGGUUCAGUGUGGCUUAACUGCAGCAGCAGCUGCCCCCUGCCGGAGAAUUCCAGCCUCAGCACUCGGCUGCGGCGGGGCCGAACGCUUAGUGGGCCCGGCUGGGUAUCCUACGAGCUGUUGGAUGUGAGGGCCUGGAGCUCCGAGGUGCGCUGCUUCGUCACCUGCGCAGGAGAAACGCGGGGGGCCACGGCCAAGAUCACCGCCUACAAACAGCCGCACAGCGUGAUCCUGGAUCCCCCAGUCUUAGUGGGCAGUGAGUACACGCUGCGCUGCCACGUGACACACGUAUUCCCCGUGGGCUUCCUGGUGGUGACUCUGAGGCGCGGCGGCCGGGUCAUCUACUCUGAGAACCUGGAGCGCUUCACUGGCCUGGACCUGGCCAAUGUGACGCUGACGUACACGUUACCCGCUAGGCCCCGCGACUUCUUGCAGCCCGUGACCUGCCACGCACGCCUCAAUCUUGAUGGCUUGGUGGUCCGCAGCAGCUCGGCACCCAUGACGCUCACAGUCCUCGCUUGGAGCCCCGCGCCCAAGGUCUUGGCCUCCACCUCCAUCGCGGCCUUUGUGGGGAUCCUUCUCGUCGUGGGGGCCACCUACCUGCGAAAAUGGCUAUUGAUGCAGUCUCGGGGCGCAGAGGGGGUGGUCCAUGACCGCUGAGCCAGAGGAAAAAGGAAUCAGAAGCAAUUUGGGGAACCCUGACUGGUUCAAUAAAGCCUUCCUCAGUCAGCCUCUGUCCCAUGGCCUAAACGUCCCCCAUUAGGGUUCCUUUUUGGCCUUGCCUCAAUCACUUUCCCCAAGUUCCUGGUCUCUCUUAGGGCACCUGAGGUUUCCUCAUUCU